CAGACCAUUCCAAAGCUCAUCUCAUACACAUCUAAUGAGGAAGCUGCUUGUCCAAGAAGGAAGAGUAAACUGGGGAUCCCACCCGGACACAGAGUGUGCAGAUUACCUGAUUGUGGCGAAAAUCCUUGUCGAAACGGCUGGUGUGAGGAGACUAUGACAAACUUCAAAUGCCACUGCUCUGCCGGAUAUCGAGGAAAACGUUGCGAUGAACAUGCAGAGACAUAAAUCCGCUGUUACCCUGAGAGACACGUUCCUACUUCUCUGCACUUCAUUCGUCAUUGCUCACGCGCGGGGGUCUACAAACAUGGCCGAUGAAGUGUUGCAUACGGCGGAUAAUCAUUGCCAGCCGAUUCUUGGCAAUGGUAAAUUGAUGCCUACAGUGCCAGAAUACAUGCCCUCGUUUCCCGUCGCCUUGAAGGGAAUUAAACGACAUUUCGUUUGCAAGUUAGCUGAAUCAACUACUACACAACACGCCACAACGAAGUACACAACGGAAUCCGCCACGUCACAUCCUACCACUACUACUCAAUCAACUACUACACAAGACGCCACAACGAGGUCUGCGACGGAAUCCACCACCUCACAUCCUACCACUACUACUCAAUCAACUUCUACACAAGACACAACAGCGAUGUCUUCGACGGAAGCCACCACCUCACACCCAACCACAACGACUCAAUCAACUACAACACAAGAUACCACAACGAUGUCUACGACGGAAUCCACCACCUCACACCCUACCACAACUACUCAAUCGACUGCAAAGAUCUUUGUGACAGAUGAAGGCACCGAGUACAAGAUCUUUGUUGCAGAUCUACAAGAUGACCUAGACUUCACUUCCAUUCCAUCCACUAAAGAACCGCGUUUUAUUACCUAUGACUCCGUGGAGAAGAAGAUCUACUGGACUGACUUUGAUGAACAACGAGUCUAUCGUUCUGAUGCGGAUGGAGGAAACAUGGAGGAGGUCACUUCUGGAAGUAGUGAUCAGCCUUUACGCUGA